UCUCCAGAAAAAUGCUGUGUUCGGGUUAUGACCCGGAGAAGGUUGAAUCUCCGCUAUGGAAACUAAUCAGUCAAACAUAUCCUAACCUUGCUGGAAACAAAUGCAGAAUAAAUGAUUGCAAAGAGAAAGGUUUGCUGACAUGCACAGGAUGCUUCCUAUCCAGCUACUGCUCCAGGGAUCAUCAGAAGCAAGAUUGGAGUAAACAUAAAGGAACCUGUUCUCCAUUUAAGAUUGUCAAUAAACAAGGGUUUGGGCGAUAUUUGGUUGCCACUAGAGAUAUCAAACCUGGAGAAAUCAUAUUCACAGAUUAUCCUAUGGCAGUAGGACCUAAGCAGUAUACAAGACCUGUUUGUCUUGGCUGUCAUGCACCAGUUUCAUUAGAUGGACACAGAUGUUCCUCAUGUUCCUGGCCUAUGUGCAGCCAAAAAUGUGAAUAUUCGUCACUGCAUAGGGCAGAGUGUAAGAUCUUCUCAUCUGCUGGAGUAAAACCAACCUCGCUCAGAAGACGAGGGGAGAAGAGGGAAGAAGAAGAGAAAAUAGAAGAACAUCCAAUGUAUGAAUGUAUUACACCCCUAAGGGUUUGUUUGUCUAUGGUUUACAGACCUCACAACUGGGAAGUUGUCAAGAAAAUGGAAACUCACAGGUCAGCUAGAGAACUGGAGGAGAAUAGUUUACAUAAUCAACAUAAUGUAGUUUCUUUUCUACUUAAAUAUACUAAACUACAGGAGCAGAUAGAUAAUAUCAGUGGAGAUGAUAUCCUUCGCAGUUCUGAUGUUCUGGAUGUUAAUGCUUUUGAGAUUAGAGGUGUUGAUGGUAUAAGUCUACGAGGAUUGUAUCCACUAACUGCAAUGAUGAACUCCAGCUGUUCACCGAACACACAGAACUCUAUAGAUAACAAUUUCACCUGCAGAGUUAGAGCUGUGCAAGAUAUUAAGAAGGGUGAAGAGAUAUGUGAUACCUACACCUCCACACUAUCAAAUACCAUAUACAGACAAAAACACUUGCUGAAGAGCAAAUAUUUUCUCUGUUCUUGUCCUAGAUGCUCCGAUCCGUCCGAACUAGGGAGUGAUUUCAGUAGUAUCAAGUGUCGUAGAAAUCCUUGCGACGGAUUCAUGCUAAACUCCAACCCUCUCAAUACAACCUCUCCCUUCAGAUGCGGGAAAUGUGGAUUUGAGAAAGAAAGAAAAGAGAUUGAAUCUGAACAGGAGUUUUGGGAGGAGAAAAUAGAAAAUAGUUUGAGAGAUAUUACAACACAGGAAGAGCUGCUGAGAGAUAUUUCCAUCCUCUACCAUCCUAAUCAUAAUAUGUGUAUUGAUAUCAUGUUUAACCUAAUCCCCCUCUACGGAGCUAAACAAAGUGAGCUGCUAGAGGUAGAGGCGGAGAGAAAGGAGAAAAUCUGUGAAAGUAUUCUGGAAACCAUGAAUAAACUAAUCCCCGGCAUGUUUAGUAAAAGCAAAUAA